CUCGCGGUGGCGUGCGAUAAGUCAACAAGACGAGUAACCGAACAUUCGGACUGACGACGACGCCGACAUUUGAUUGGUUUUAGUGGUGAUUACCGCUGUCUAAUUACAACCGACAAUAGUCAGUGCAAUUCGAAUCCGACUGCAAACGUAUACGUGCAGGACAUUAAUUGUUGUCGUUUCCCCUCGAACAGAAAACAAUAGCGGCGAGUGCGAUACAUAAUAUAAAAGUGGAAAUAUAAUAAUAUUAUGCAAGUCGGUUACCGCCAAACGAUCAACCUUUUUCAUUAGCAGAUUCGACAAUCGUCACAGUCGCAAUAACACUUAAAACUGUAAACACCGCAACAUCUGCAGUUUGGAUAUGAAAAAUUACAUAUCGUCAAUAGUGGUCGUCUUGCUGCUGCUGUUGUUGUUCGCGGACAAGCCUUCCGAUGGUUCGUAUAAACCGUACCCGACUUUUUUGAUGAUUAUAGCUUUUUCCUUUUUGUCAAUUGUCCAACAAAAGUCAGGUUAACAUACCGUUUUUAAUCAUCUCCCAAUCCAUCAGUAUUUCUUGACAUCUAUUUCACACUUCUUCAAAUCUUCCUUUAAACAUCUAAUAAUGUAACAUUUUUAUUUCAUUGACUAACUUCUACCCCGGACCUCGGUUUCUAUUUACUUUUAAUUUGUCAAGGGAUUCCCUCUAAAUUUCCCUUAAAUCGUUAAUUGACGAUUGAUAAGACACCAUAGAAUCACCACUGGAAGAGUUAAUUGAUAUAUUAGUGGUCAUCGCUUGAUAUUCAACAUACUUAUAACCUAAUGAAACGCCACGUUAUUUGAACCAUUUGUCGAGUGUUGUCCGAAUAAAAUAUAUUCGCGGUCCUUUAGCUCAGAGAUUGUUACGGUCCAUUUGGAGAAGAUUUACAAGGAACACCGAGAACGGCCGUCCCAACACUAUGCCCGGUCGGCAGGAAAUCGUCAGCCGACAAGACGUCGUACCAGCAAGUGACGACACAGUCCGUCCUAUACAAAUUCCAUUGACUGACGCGACCGAAAGUCAACAAGAAACCGAACCAUAUAUUCCUCAAAGAAGAUCGUCGUUGUUUAUCGAUGGCACCAGCUUGGAUUUUGUCUAUUGGAACAAGUGUGUAAAAAAAUAUAAAAUAUAAAAUAUAUAGGUAGUAUAAGUACCACCUAAAUGUUUUUUAUUUUAUGCUCACCAAAAUGUAUUAUUUUCAUCUCGUAGAGAACUUGGCAAUAAUAAACCGAUAAUAAUCGAAUUUGGUAACGAAAAACAAAUUCUCAAUUAUUGGGUUCGCGGGAAACCUUUGAAAGUCAUAACCCAUGGAUGGCUAGGGACGGACGAAGACGACAAAGGAGUGUUCGGCAUAAAAACAGGUAUAAAUCAAAAAUAUUUAAAUUAAUAUUUGAUGUACUAAGUGGCUUAGGUUAGGUUUGAAAGGUACGAACACCGACCUAAUCUGACCUUAUUUUUUGAGAAUUAUUUGUAAAUAACUAUACUGCCAUGAAUACGUGCCGUUUUCUCAUUAUGAAACGGACAUUGUUUUGAAAACGAAAUACGUCUCAUUUUUCCAAAAACUGUUCAGCUUACGUCGCUACCGAAAAUUGUAACGUUAUCACGGCGGACUGGAAUCGGGUGUCGGGCAAUUACAUGUACCCGAUGCCGGCCUAUCAGACUGCUCGCGUGGGUUCCAUUAUAGCCGAAUUGUUGGAGCAUUUUGUUCAGCUCGCGGUGAUCGAUCCGUCCGAUAUACACGUUAUUGGUCACAGUCUCGGUGCCCACGUAUCCGGAGCAUGUGGCGCGGCUUUUAGUCUCGGAAAAAUCGGCAGAAUUACAGGUAUGUAUAGUGUAAUUAUGACGACCAAGAAUCAAUAAUCGUAUAAUAACUGACGAAGAUAUUAUUUGGAGCUAUAGUAACAUUUAGAAUGGAAAAUAUAUCCCGAGGAAAAAUGUUAAAUUAUUAUUUAUCAUUUGGGUGUACAAAUCUCAAUUGAGGGUGUGCACAUUUACCUUUUAACGAUUCGUUUCAGUACAACAGCAUAUUUCCCUUCUCACUUUAAUAGACUUAGGACUAUCUGUUUUCCACAGGCGUGAUUAAAAAUGUGUGUGUAUGUGUGUUCGAGUAUUCAAAAAUAUUACAAACUUGAAUAUCAUUCACAAAAUAUCAUAGACAUAGAUAUUUUUGUAGUUACUAGUUACUCUCUGUUCACAUCUAGUUACUGGCAAAAAACUAAUUGAAAAAAAUUAAAACUUUCGAGUUUUGACCUAUCUACAAAAUUAUAUUUGAUUCAUCGAUUUUUGUAUCUUAACUUCUAAAUAAUAUUUAAUAUUACAUUUUACGAUAGGUAAACGAUUUAUGCGUGUUGUACUUUGUGUACUGUGUAUAUUCCAGUGUGGAACUUCUAGUGCAGGUAAACCUAUUUUAAAUGUGCGCAAACAAGUCAUCGAAUUGCAGGUAAAAAUUUGUAUAUGUGCGCAAACAAGUUGUACCGCUCAAUUGAUAAUAUCAAUACAUAAAAAAAAAAAAAAUUAAACAUAAUAUUUAUGUUUAUACAUAUGUCAUAAUUUAAUGUCUAGGUUCUUCAUUCAUCCAUGAGCUUCCAUAUUUAACUCCAUUCUAUUCCACCAUGAAACUUCCUCUUUUGGGCACUUAUUCAAGAUGUAUUUUAAUGUUUGGUCCUCAUUACCACAGUCACAUGAGGGGUUGUCUUUCAUUUUACAUUUAAACAUUAAAUAUCGAAAUGUUCCUUGUCCCGUUUUUGAUUGGUUAGAGUUAUACAUUCUUGUCUUGAUAGAUCUAAAUUUGCCAACGGCUUAUACGGCGGGAUAUCAGUUCACUGUUUUCUAACUUUGUGUUGUUCCAAAAGUCUGUCCAAAUAUCCUUUGUUCUAAAAUUACUCUGCUUUAUCAUUGCUGUAGUUUGCCAUACUACCGAGGUUAACAACUACACGCUGGAUAUUUUUUCCACAUAGUUACUUUUUCCUCGGAUAUUUCUGCCUAAAUUUGCAAUAUUUAUUACCAAUACUGUUGUUGCAUACACAGGUCUGGAUCCAGCUGGCCCGGGAUUUGAGUACGUGGCGUUACGAUCCGACCAUUUGGACAGCACCGACGCACAAUUUGUGGACGUUAUUCAUACGGCGUCGGGCACGGCUGGCUAUUCGAGCCCCAUAGGACAUGCGGAUUUCUACCCGAACGAAGGGUCGCCACCUCAACCGGGAUGUUUGGAAUCGUAUAUGCCCACCGCGUUAGUAAAUCUCAGUGAGUAUCGUAUUUUUGUACUUGUUUUGAGUAGACCUAUAUUCCCCCCCCUUGAAAAUUGAUGGGCAUGUCAGUGUGUUACCUACAGUAUUAAUUAUAUCAACAAAUCGUCCACCUGGUUAUUUUUAACAGUCGGGUGCAGUCAUUCGAGAGCGCACGAAUUUUACGCGGACUCCGUGUAUAACAGAAAAUCGUAUUCGGCCGUAGAGUGUCCUUCGUGGGAAGAGUACACGAGCGGUGUAUGCAAAAAUAAUACCCACAGUUUUAUGGGACACGACGCGGAUCCUAAGUAAGAAUACGAUACUUAAAGUAAAUAUUUAAGUCUAAACAAUUUUAAAAAGCCGAACAUACUUCGGACCAUAGAUAGACUGUUGGUACAUUGUUACAUUAAUAUACUGUUAUUAGGGUGAAGUUGGGAAACGGUAAUUUAGUACAUAUACUGUAUGCAAUCGAUAAAUCAUCGAAUUGCUGAACAUUUAGAUAAAAUAAAUUACUACUGUUUAGACAUUUCUCAUCUUCUAAAGUAUUGGAUUCAAAUUUUAAUCAAACGAAAGUGUCUUCUGAAACAAAACACAUUUUUGUAAAAUGUAUUGCUUCUUUUUGUUUUAUUCAGAAUUUAAAACCCAAACUCAUUAUUUUAAAUUAAAAUUAAAAUCACAAAUUAUUAAGUGCAUGCGUCAUAAUAAUAAUAACAACAACGACAAUUAAUAAGUAUAAUUCAUAAUAUAAACAAACCGUAUUUUCAUUUAUAUGAUAUAUAUAUAUUAAUUUAAUUUUUAAUUGUCGCUAUAAAAAAUAAGUACUAAUUAAAUUAUAAAUACAUUGUAUACUAUUGGUAAUAAUAAUGUAAAUUGCAUGUUAUUUAAACGUUUUCAAAAACUAUGCAAAUAAUUAAUGACAACUUUUCAAAUACAUCAAAAUAAUCGCUAUAAUAUUAUCAUAUGUUAUAUUGCAUAAUUCCAUCAUUAACGUUCAUUUUUUUUUUUUUUUAUCUGUUCUCUUAUUUUUUUAAUGGCCUUCAGAACUCUUAGAGUUUUUACCAUUAAAGCAAAAUCACGUCAUCUUUCUCUCUCUUAGACCUCGUCUCUUCAGUCUUCCACUACUUAUUCGAUUUAUAAGAUCCUCUUCGAGAUCAAUCUUUUCCUUGGUUAAUCACGAUGUCCCUUAAUCUCCACGAGGUUUCCACUCUAGUGCUGCUCUCAAUAUGAUCAACUUCUGUUCUCCUAAUUAUGUAUCCUAGCUCUUGUAAAAUUUGUUCUACAUCAUGUCAUACACUAUCCCUAUUGUUUUUUCUAUGUAAAAUAUUAUUUGUUCAAUCAUAAACUGGUGCCAUAGAUUCUUCUUAAUGUUUUGUCCUCGAACAUUUUUAGUUUCUUUUCUGCCUGACGAGUUUUUUUUAUCUAUAAUGUAAAAAAUCAUGAUCGACGGUUUUUUGCUGUGAUUAUAUCAAUAGUCACCAGGCAGUUGUUCUAUAUUAUGUAGAUCAGGAUCAUUAUUAUAUUAUGACGUAUACAGAAAACCGUUCCACUAUAUUAUUUCCUUUACGGUUAUAGAUAAGUAUACUGCAGUUUGGAGUUUAACUAACAUAGUCACUUAAUAUAUUACAAUUGCUGCUUGAUUAAGUCGAAAUAAAUCGAGUUGAUAUAUCUACGUAAAACGAGGGUGUAGAUUAUAACCACAGUUACCAAACGUCGUAUAGCGUCGUAUAACCGAUGACGUUCGCGCAUAAUUAAAUUAUAAUAUUGGUGUACAGCCGUACUAUAAUAUGUGUUUUUGGUUUCAUUUAUGCGUUAGAAUAGCAUUCGAAAUAACAUAACUACUUGAAUAAAUUGUAUGGUAAUAAUUAAAAUAAAAUGAUAAUAUUAGUACAGCCGUGAUGUGUACUCACAACGCGAGUAAAAGGUAUUUUGACGGUCUGUCACGGUCAUGGUCGAAUAAUAUUGUUGAUAAAAUGCAAAUAUUGUAUUACAUUCGUAGAUUAUUAAUUGAUAAAAGCAAUGUGCAGCAUAAUAUACGUGUGGCGAGAAAAAAAAUCAUAAAAUUGCAUUAGGUACUUAUAAACAUUAUAUGUAUACAUAAGCGCCAUUGGGCCAUUAAUGUUUGAAGAAGAAAAAAAAAUAAAUUUGCAUUGUUCACUAUGCUUAUAUUUAUUCGUGUUUUAUAUUUUGACGUUCUAACGUCUUUUAGAUAAUUUUUUUGAAAAUUCAAACUAUGGUAGUCAAUACACGAACGAAACUUAUAAUAUCUUUUCUUCUUCUAUUAGUGUACCUACCAGUAUUCUACCUAUUCUCUAAAAUAGUUUUUGACGCCAUAACUAGAUUAUUCGUAUCGUGUCUAUAUUGAAUUACUUCUCCUCGUUUUUUUUUUUCAACUCCCAAACAAUUUAAAUCUUACCCCGCCAUGCCAAUUAAUUUUUUCUCGGGUCUUCCUUGUGGUUUAUGUUUCAUAUCAUUCUAUAUCAACCCUAAUUGCGAUAUAACAUUCAAUUAAUAAGGUGGAUCCAGUGUCUAUAUAUUUACGGCUAGGGCACUUAUAGGAGUAACAAGGAGUUAAACAGUAAUUUUUUACAUUUUUUUCUCUUGAAAUAAUUAGUUUUUGACUACAUAUUUAUUGGUCUAUCGUUAAAAAUUAAAAAAUUAGGGUGUGAUUUAUUUUCUGAUCAAAUAUCAGAUUUAACGUAAACAUCACACACUUUCUUCUCGUAGAUUCUGAAGACAAAUCAGCUGAAUUCACCCUUGAUUAAUAUAUUACCUAAUCGUUAAAUAAUUAUUUUACAAGCAUUUUCCUAUGUAAACCAAUAUUACAUUAUUUAUUUUAUUUUUCACAUGUAUAAUAGUAUUACAUAUUUCAUUUUCAGAGCCAGAGGUAUUUUUUAUCUUCAGACCAACAGUACCAGCCCUUUUGGGAUUUUGGAGAGAGUAUUAUAAAAAAAAUGCACCACACGAUGAAGAUAUAGUUGUUUAAGAUUUAAUUUAUUUUUUUUUAUUGUUGUUUUUUAAAAUAUUAAUAAAUGUGUACCAUCUAUGUUGUGGAUAGAGUAUAGACUAUAUUAUAAUGCAUUAUAUAUAAGCGUAUUUUGACAAAACAAAAAAAAAAAAAAAAUGAAGCAGUAUUCCGUCCAAAUAAAUAUGAGACAGAUUUACCACUGUUGUAAGUGGCAAGUUGGGAAAAAAGGAUGCAUACCUUUAUAGGUAUUUAAUUUUUAUCUGUAUGCAACGAUAAAUUAAUGUUAAUGAAAUCUUAGC